CUUCUCGUCGCCCAAGUGGGUCACGUCGACCUCCUGCUGCCGCUGGGCAGCCCCGGGGAGCGCGCGGGGCAGGUCACGCUGUGGGUCAGCGGCCUCCGCGGCGCGAUCGCCUUUGCGCUGUCGCUCAGGAUACCCUGCUCGCGGUCGGGCGCGAAGCACGGGGACGUGGACUGCCGCAACAGUGACCUGCUCAUCACCACGACUGUCUCGAUCGUCGCCAUCACCACGCUGGUCGUGGGCACUGCCAUGGAGAAGGUAAUGAUGGCGCUCAACGUCAUCGAGCCGAUCGAGCCGUCUAGCAGCCUCGACACGCCGAUGUCGACCCCGACCCUGGCAGCCGGCUCGUUCUCCGUCCCCCUGGCCUCCGACAGCGCCGGCGGCCUCGGCAGCCCCAUCUUCGGCCCCGGGUGCGCCCGCUCGCCCCCAUGCGCGCCGCGCGCGCCUGCGCGCGAGCUUGGGAGCGAGUGAGGGAGCGAACCACGCGAGCAUGCCCGUCGGCUGCUCGGCCCUGUGCAGAGCAUGGGCGUACAAGUCGGCUACCAGCCAGACAACAAAAAUGAUAUUCGACUCCCAGCCAGAGCUUGGGAGCGUGCCGCGAUUGUUUUUGUUACGGC